AUGGAGACCAUUCUUGCUCUAAGCGUCUCCAAUGACGCCCGCGGGGCCUCAUUCAAACUGGCACAUCAAUUUUGGUUCUCAUCCUCCGGCUACAUUCCACCGGGGGCUGGUGGAUCAUCCAAUAGCAAAUCCGCACAGACUGACGAGGAGAAGCAGAGAGAGCGCCAGAGAAAUGAGAGAGAGCAGCAAAAUGCUCAGUUAGAGGCGCAAAAUCUCAAAAGAGAGCGCGAUGCUCGCGAGGCGAGACAAUUGGACCUAGAAAUCCGACGUCAGCAGGAGAGAGAAGCUCGCCAGGCGGCUCAUUUGGAAUCCGCCCGCAAGAAGGAACACGAGAAUCAAAAGGGUCAGAAUCAAAAUCAGCAAUCAUCAUCGCAGGUCCAUACACAGAUACCACAGACAGCCAGGGCUGUGGAUCGUGGCACGGGGCCAAGAGCCACGGCAUCCUGCGAGAGAACACUGCCAGCCGACCUCAAACCCAGCAAGACGCACUCCACCGAGAGGAAGUCACAGACUCCACCAGAUCGAACUGCAUCCUCAUCGGGUGCAGACCAACGGGAUAGGAGUGACGGUCUCACGAGUGGAAGCAAGGAACGAACCAGCACGACCCCAUCACCGCAAACUGUGACAGCAGCAGCUCCCACUCAUGUGGCGGCUGCAACAAUUCCAGCAGCCGCAGCAUCCAUCGGAAUCCUUGCCCUGCGUGAUGACUCCACGGAGAGUGAUCAGUCACUAACGUACUCCCAGUCUCAAUCCGAGACAAUCCAUCGAUUGAUGUAAGUACCAUCAAGAAUGAUAACCCCACCCCCCUGGAGACUCACAACACGGUCAAUAUGCCCCAUACCCAGCCCUGUAAACCCCUACCGUCCAUCAAAACUGCCCUCAAAGUUCCCCAGGUGAAAAUUAAAAGUGUGACAACGUGAGAAAGAGGCCCAAGACUGCGAUAACUCUAAGGCAAAAGCCCCUGAACUUGCCAAGCUUUUUUCCGUAGCACCCUGUGAACCAAAAGCUCAGCCUGUCCUGCUCCAUCCAAGGCAUUACAUAAUAGUGAGGGAAGUGUUGAUUGUAACGUGACUACCGCAGUGCAGAUGUAGGGUGAUUCCUGUGACGUCUAUACACAAGUGCUUCAAUCCCACUUCUGAGCUUGUCAAAAAAAAUUCACCAAUGCUCAAAAUUUCCGAGGCAAAGCUCUCACACUUUCCCAAUUUAAACGAGCUUAAAAAUUUCCCAUCCCUGCUCUAAGGAAAAAAAAAGCUUCUGUCGGAUGGUCAAACAAAGGAAUAUCUUUCCUUCCACCCCAAAAAUUGCAUUUGAUGCGCAACUGUGGUAAAAAUAUUAGUCCCUCUCUUUCUCACUUGGACUCUUUUUUACCCCAUAAAACUAGGGAAAUAUCGCAAUGCAGUUUUCUUCUCACUUUUCAUCAGCAUUUGACCACCACUACACAUUGUGUACAUCAUCUUGUAUUCCAAACAUUUGCUUCCAGCAAAGGAAAUAACAAGACCUUUUUAUUGCACUUUUGCUCUAUUUCUCUAUUUUGUGAAAAUGUUGCUUGAUUCUCAAUUUCCUCAACCCUAUCCCCAUGCUCGCCCCCUCCCCUCCAGAACACAUAAAUUGUAGCAUAUUUCUUCUCAAUUUUCCACUCAACACAUUUCACGAUGAAGACGCCUGGAACCCAUCAUCACAAAUAAACUUUCAGGCAAUUUUUGGAGUGUGAUGAAUGUCUAAAGAUUACCAUCUCGUGUACAAGGCAAAAAAAGCUCCCUUCCCAGGGAAAAGCACAUUGGUGCGUGAAGUGUUUGAAAUAAAAACCCUCUAUAAAGUUAGGGAGAGGGAGGGUUUACCAUAAAGAACUAUGUCCUUGUUAUAGAAGGCAAAAAGAACCCAAAAUUCAGUAACUUCAUCUCAAUACUCCCUUUUCUCUUGACGAAAAUUGAAUGGCAAGUUGUACAACUUUUCGCAUCACAAACACUCUUCAACAUUAUUCACACAUGCUGUGCUCAUUGAAAUAUGGGCGGAAUAUUCCUCUGGAUUGAGCCACAAUCUUCAAUCCAUCUCGGGGAGAAUGUCUUUCUGUGGUGCCUGUGGCUGAGAAGUGGAACAGCAUCACUUUCUGCAUACGUCACACAUUUCAGGGGUCAAUAACUCCCUUAUCAAAUGCUUCUUGAUGCCACUUGGAAAAUAGUUCAUGAGACUUUUGCCACAAUGGAGAAAAAAAGUUGAUAAUUGGAUAUCUGAAACAUCUCAAGUCAAAUUCAAAAAGAAUUUUGAAUUAAAGUUUUUGCAAUCCUCUCCGAAAAGUGCCAGAGAGAAGCCAAAGUUUGCAAACGAUUCAAUGAUUUUAGGAAGAAACACUAUUAGUUGGUUAGAAGAAUCAAAUCAUGAAUUUUGGUUUUCUAUUCACAAAGAAAAUAAACUUUUUUAUUAAGUCUGUGAGACUGGAGUCAAUCAAUAUAAUUUCU